GUUGGCAUAAAUCAUCUUUAGGCAUUCAGAUAAUUUACUUUUCCCCAAAAUAUUCGAAUAUAUCAAGAUCCAGUGAUCCACCGAAAGAAAAUGGCUUCAAUCAAGCACUUCUUUCUCCUGUUUAUUUGCUUUAGCGUUCUCUUAACCUCAGGAUUGGCCGACUCUCCAUUGCACGAUUGCGAUCCCACGUUCAAGACCGAAGAUUGCAACAAAGAAUGUAAGAGGCUUGGUCAUCCGGGAGGCUAUUGUGGACCUGAUAGAGCCGAACCACUUUUAAGUAUGUGCUAUUGCAAAGAUAUAAAAGCUUAAUAAUGCAUAAGAUAAAAACUAACUAAGGUGCCGGAUAUGUAUCAUUUAUCAGCUUCUUAAUAUGAAUA